UGGGUGCGUGGGCCUGUGUGAUAGUCGUGCUGUAAUAUUAUGUGGGAUGGGAAUCGCUAACUGGAAGUGAGAACCGGUUGUCUAGCAGUAUGAACACUAUGCUGUCUUGCGCCUGUCUGUACACUGUUUUAAUUUAUAACCUUUUGGCCUGAGUUGGCUAAUCUUUUCCCGGAUUACUAGCUUUAUAAGCCACUCUACGAUUAACUGACCUUGUUUAAAAAUGUUAGAGAAAGGGGUCUUUCCUUCACCAGAUGUCUUGUAAAUAAAAAAAAGCAUAAAAAAGGGGCGAAUUGCCGUUUUUAUUAGGCAACAUCGUGACUCGUAAGAGAUAAGUCCGAGCUCGGAGGAGCACCUGAAGGCGUCAGCCGUUAACCGCCCCCACUGCUGCCGAACAGGAGCCGUGAAGAAGCAGCCGGAGCGACAGGCUGUGGGCUAAGUUUGUCCGCCCUGGCUUCCCAUCACGAGUCGACGGGGCUUUGUUUCAUUGAUGAACAACAGAAGAAACCGUCGCUGGCGUUUUAACAUUCACACCAAAAGUGGAGGCGUUAGAGACGGUCAAGCACGUUCGUGACACUCCAGAUAAUUUGAGAGGGACACAAAAAGAAGAAGAAGAAGAGAGGAAAGGAGGGAGGGAGAGGGAAAAGUGCGACGGUGGACGAAGUUGACACUUCGCUGUCAUGUUUGGUACUUGUUGAAUAGGCUGUGUGUACAUCCACAACACUGGAGGCUGUGUGGGCAGCGUGCUGGGAACAGGGUCUUGUGUAUCACCAUGAGGCUGUGACAGAUCAAGCACAAUGAUGGCAGAGCUGGAAAUUGACCAGUCCAACCUUCCACGUGUCCAAGAAGUGUGCCAGUGUUUUGCAGUGCUGGAGGAUGGAGUGUUAGCACACAACCUGCAGGAACAGGAGAUCGAGCAAUACUAUACCACCAACAUCCAGAAGAACCAGCUAGUGCAGAAUGACAUCCGUGUAGCCAAAAGGCUGCAGGAUGAGGAAGAAGAGGAGCAGGCCCAGCAGAGCAGCGUCCUCAGACAGGCCUCAAGACAACUAGAGGAGGAGGACUUUGAGUAUGCUCGCAUAAUUCAGGAGGAGAUCCAGCGUUGUGCUGAGGAGGCCCGUAGGAGGGAGCAGGAAGAUGAGGAAAUAGCUAAACGAAUGCAGGAAGAGGAGAUGCAGAGAAUCGCAAGGAGGAGCAGAGGGCAGGAGGACCAGAGUGAAGGCUGCGCCAGCGAUCCUGCACUGCCAUCCACACACCAGCACACACUCAGCAACCAUCACCCAGGAGAGGAGCAGUACUCAUAUACCACCACCAGGUGGCAAUGUUCUACCUCUCAUAACCAUUCAGACUUAACUGGGCCUCAGGCUGACUGCCCCAGGGGGGUAGCAGCACAGAAAAAUACAACUUCAUGGUCAAAUCAAGGACAUAGAGAUUCCAUAAGGGAAAUCAGGAACGAAUUGAGAGAGUGUUUGAGUGAGGAUUCAGAGGACUCGGACACAGUUUUCUCUGAACAGCUCGCUGUCUGGUCCCGGAGACUGAAUGAAAGACAUAACACGGCACCUCCUCGAUGGCAGGUAUCUUUACAUCAGCCGCAGGAGAGAAACUACAGAAGUCUUUGCUCUCGCAGCAGCUUCACAAAUGAGUCCAGAGGCUUGGAGGAGGAAAGAGGAGAGUGGAAUGAGAACCGCUAUAAAAAUAGUGACCUCGAGAAGAGGAGGCCUAGGAUUUGGGAUCUGGAAAGGAACAAUAUAGAGGAGUAUGAAGGUUUGCACAGAAGUAGAGGCCACGAUAGAGACUCUAGCAUAGCCGAGGUAAGAGAAAGGCGAUGUAAUCGCAGUGAAUCUGUCAGGCUACCUGACAGGAGCAGACAUGGCAGCAGAGACUUGGCGAGGUCCUGGAGCUAUAAGGACAACCCUGACAAACAUGUCCAUUUUCAGGAGAACACCAGGAGCUCUAACAGGCAUCAGGAUGAAACCAGCCGAGUGUGGGAGAUGCUGGGCCAGGUCCUCCAAGAGAGGGGUGUGCCUGUAAGGUUUAGCAACAGCGGGGUGCAGCUACAAAUAAGAGCUCAAAGCAGAGACAGCCAGGUGCUUCAUGGGAGUGAGGUCUCCUGUGGUGACUCCCAACCACAUCAGAGAGUCUUCCAGAGAACUGCCACCACCAGGCACAGUUUCCAUGGAGAUAUCAGGGAGAGGAGGAGGUUGUCAUACCAAGAGAACAGUGGGAGAGAUCACAGACAAGACGGAGACUGGCAUCGUAGUAACAGGGAGUAUGAUGGAAAUGUUGAUGAGAUUAGUAAUCGAGACCCAUAUCUUGCUAACAGAGAAAAAGGAAGCAGUAGAAGGUAUAAAGAGCACGGAUACACUAUCAGUGACGUGAGGGAGAGGAAUGCAAAUGAUUGCAGGGUCAAGAGGACAACGAGCGAGCGCAGGCACUGGCACAGGACCAUAGAAGAAAGGUUAAGCUCAGAGGAGGAGCAGGAGGCGGAGAGGAGAGUAGAGAGGCCCCGUCGAAGAGCCCCACAGCGUAGCCAAAGCUUCAGCAGCAGCGGGGCUUCAACCAGGGAUAGGUCAAGGCACGUGGCAGCAGGAGCGUCACUGCAACCAGAGCCAGGUGAGGCAAUCCUGGACCUGGGGGAGCUGCAGCAGGUCCUGGAGGAUGAAGAACUAGCUCACAGGCUGCAGGAGGAAGAGGAGAAGCUGUUGAGGAGGAACUCGCAGCCCUCUCCAAGUAGCUCGUACCCAGAGGGAGAUUUCAGAGUAGCACAAGUGGCGCAGGAUGAGGAAAUUGCACGCUUUAUGCAGAAGCAGGAAAUGAAGUCGAAGCGAAGAUCUCGUGAGCUCGAAGGGCCAGCGUCAUGGCGCGAGCACAGAGCGAUGAUCAAUCAUCAUGACAGACGAGCUGCAAGAGACAGACCGGUCCAGCGAGAGAGGCUUGACUCAGAGGGCCUUCCUUCCCCCACUGAGGACUGCUCCCCAGAGAACCAGCCACCCAGCCCCUUCUCCACUAUACCACAAGGCCAGCAGAUCAGAAACAUUGCGGAGGAGCUGGACCCAACCUUCCAGGCCAGGAGGCAAGGCACAGAGAGCCUCAGAGUGGGACAAGCAGGUACCACAAGCACUCAAAAUAAAACCAACAGAACAAUGGGUGGACACUCAUAUCCUGUUUCCUCCGAUAUAGGCCCGACUUGUCAGUCACUUCCCGUGCCCCAGUCUGGCUUACAUGACCUCCUGGAGGAGCCUACUUUCAUCCCACCUACAAAGCGGCAAACGGACAAAUCAGCACGCAUUAAACCCAAAGAGAAGAAGGAAAAUUGCAAGCAACAGUAAUUUUCAACACGUCGUGCUGUUGGAGUGCUUAUAUAUACUUUAUAUUUUAUAACACUAAAUACCAGUUCAGCUACAGAGUUGUCAUUACUUAUGACUUUAAGGUUGAAGCCAGCAGCCCCUAUUAGCACUUUAGACCAGUGGGACAAAGACAAAGAAUUGAGAGAAGUGACAUUUUACAAUAUUUCUUCAUUAAGUGAAUAACGACAACACUAUGGACUCACACCGUUAUAACUUUCAAAGGGAAAAUUUAGGGUUAUUGAAGUAUUGUUUGAAUUCUUCAGUGUUAGAGUGUUUAAUUUAAACAGUAUAUCUUUUUUUAUUAUAUUUGUAACUUGUAUUUGUUUUUAUUUAGUUAAGCAUCAUGAACAUCCAUCCAUUAUCAUAACUGCUUUUGUUUCGUAAUUUGCUUUUUGGUGGUGACGCAGCAGUCAGCACUGUGCCGCACAGCAAAAUAGGUCAAAACCACCAGCCGGCUCGCAUUUUUUCCCUUAAGUGGCAUCUUUAAAUCAAGUUGCCUGUCAGGAAGAAAAUCUAAAGUGGCCAGUGGUUCCCAACCCAGAGCCCUCUUUCUGUGGGGCGACCACACUAACCACUGCACCACCGAAGAGCAUUAAAAAAAACAAGUAACUGUGAUAACCUUUGAACUGGAGUGGCGUUUUCGGACAGGCCGCUUACAGACAUCCACUUUGCCAACUUAUCUUUACAGCAGUUUGCCAAGGCUCCAGCCAUGUUCACAAUGGUACAAUGACAAUCAAAUGAACUUAUUUAACCCUGAAAUGGAAAUCCCGUUUUUUAAAGACAUCACAACAAUCAUGAAAUUAUGCUCAGUUUUUUUCGUAAUAGUCAGAUGUAACUAUAUCCUUUGGAGACAGUAUGAGGAACAAAGAUCCACUUAUUAGCUUUUUGUGUGUUUCAACUGUUUCUCACGGUCAUUCACAUCAGAAACCAAAGACGGUCCUUGAACUGAGAUGGAGGUCAAGUCUCUCCAUACACACAACCACUUGUUAUCAGGACUUCCCCACAUAGCUGGGAGAAGCGGUUAAAAAGCUCCCAACAAUUUGUAAGUAGACUUUUUAAGCCUAAAUUAUGUGGUACAUAUCCAACCUUUGUUUUUGUAUAUUUUGCCAGGUGGGUUUUUAUCAGUCCAGACACCAUUAUGAUGCCAAUUAACAUCAUUCAUCAUACAGAAUGGUUUCUCUAACAGAAGAUUUGAUUUUUAUGCACAUAUAAUCAGUCAUUGAUCUCAGUUUUUUGCUCUUUGUAUGUUCAUUUUACCCACGUUUAAAACACUCUUUGUUGUUUUUUGUUUGUUUUUUACAAAUGAAAUACGCCACUGCUAAGGUGGACCACUAUGAAUGCAAUUGUUCUGUAAGAAAGUGCAACAAAUAAAAUAAAAAAUCCCCA